GUUUUAUAUUUUUAGAGAAGAAAGAAACAACUUGUUGAAUCGGAUGAGUUUACAGUUUACAACAAGAACGAUCUGACCAUGAGAGGAGAUUAAUCGAGCAAAACACAGUAAUCCAAAAUCUUGAAGAAAGACUCUCUGCAAUGCGUUCGUUUUAUGAAAGCAAGUCCAACGCGAGUCACUCAACACCAUCGCCUGAAACUACUCCACCUGUCGCGAUUAAAAAUGGUACACUUUUUGAUUCGAUGGGUGAUGAACUCGAUAAUGUUAGUCGUGAACGGUCAAACGACAGUGAAAACGAUAUGAAUGAACAAGAAAGUUUAAGCGAUCGUGAACUACGACGAAUAGCGUACAAAAUAGCGGAUGGCAACUGGAACAAUAUUCCUUACGAGAUCGGAAUAAACCAACGAGACGCUUUUCAAAUCACGAACUGUUUAGCAAACGAUCAAGAAAAAGUGUAUCGAUUGCUCGUCUGCUGGAGAGCACAGCACGAUAAUUCUCGUAUCGAACUGCUAAAACUUUUAUCGGAAUCUAUUGAUUCAAAGCGAAAAGACGUUAUUAAAUUUCUUAAGGAGAUGAUUGGUGGACCUGCCAAAGAGUCAGGAGGAUUGAAAACGAAGUUUCAGAAGUUGAAAAGAUCCGUUAAGCGUUAACACGUUGUGACCACACUUCCUUGCCUUACUAAGUCAAUAGUGAAGAUAAAACGAAACCAACAUGUUUCAGUUUAUAGA